GUGCGCAGUGAGACACGUGUUCCUGCAGCAUGGCCGGAGCGCGCCGCUGAGGACCAGAGAGGACCAGAGAGGAUGUCGGGAGAGAUGGUGGAGGUCUCAGUGAAAGCACCGGAACCGGUCCGGACCACCGGCGUCCUGCAGCAGAACCGAGUCUUCCUCGACUUCUUCUGGGACUUGGCCAAACCGGAUCAGGAGGUUCGGCUGAAGGCGGUGGGAGAGCUGAUCCGGUACCUGAAGACCCACAACCAGGCAGACGAGUUGGACUACACCUUUAAGCGGCUGGUGGAUGGACUGGCUCACACACGAGAGGCUGCCAGACCCGGGUUCAGCCUGGCUCUGGGUCAGGUGUUGAGUUCCUUUGAAGACGUCUCUUUGCAGAGCGUACUCAACAGAGUCAGAGAGAAGCACAACCCGCAGACGGUGAAGAAGAAACUGCUCAGAAAUGCUUUCUUCGGAAACUUGUUCGGCGUCCUCGCCCUUUAUCAGUCCGGACGCCUCUCUAAAGAGCCGCAGGUGGUGUUGGGGUGUGUGCAGCUCCUCCAGAGCCUCAGCCAGCAGAGACAACACCUGAAGGACCUUCCCACGAAGACCAUGAUGGACAUCCUGACUGAGAUCCCAGAGGAGGUGUUUGAGGAGGUCCUGUUCAGCGCCCUGCAGGCUGACCUGGCAUCAGCCUUCAGGACUCCAGAGCAGCUGCAGCUGCUGCUGGUCGCGCUGCAACGCUUCCCACAAACCCUCAAACCAAAGAAACUCAAGAAGCUGCUGGGCUGUUCGACCAUCAUCAACGCCGACAACAUCCCCAAGCUGACGGAGGUGUUGAAGAUGGCGGCCCGCUCGGUGAAGAAGGAGUGCGUCCUCCCAGCGGUGGUCCUGGACCUCCUGAAGCUCUCUCUGAAGGAAGACAGCUUCCAGCUCUUCUGGAACAACGCCAUCAUCAACGGCAUGUUGAAGGAGCAGCCGGGGCCAGCACACUACCUGAGCUUCCGUCUGCUGGGCAGUGCGCUGCCUCUCCUGUCUGUGGCCCAGCUGAAGGAGGUGUUGUCUGGAGAUGUGAUGAUGCACUACGGGGAACACGUGGUGUCUGCUCAGAAACCGGACCGCUUCAAGCUGGCCCCAGAGAUGGACGUCUACGUGUCGGACUUCUUGGAGGGCUGCCAGGACCCCGACAGACAGCUGGCGGUGAUGGUGGGCUUCUCCUCGCUGACCAACCAGGGCUACCCCGUGGUGCCGUCGGUGUGGAGGGUGGUGCAGCACCUGCAGCCCGCAGCGCUGCAGCAGUACGUGGACUGGCUGAAGAAGAUGUUCCUGCAGCCUCAGACGGACCAGCUGCUGGACUUCAGCACCCGCAAGCAGAAGGACAAUCCGGAAGGACGGGAACAGAAAGAGAACGCCAUAUUCCGGCUGAGGAAGUGGAUUAUCGCUCGGCUCUCGUCGAUCAUUGACAACCACCAGGUGAAGAGGCAGGAGGAUCUGAUCUUGGACGUGGCCAGGUUCGUGUUUUUCCACGCUUUCUUCAGUGCCAAGAAGGCGUCGGCCGACAUCCCGGAGACGGCGGGGAAGCUUUCUGUCCCGCUGGACGACAAAACCAGAGGAGUGCUCGUCAAUUCUUUCUUUGGACUCCUCCUGUCCAUGCACCACCUGCCUCUGAUCGAGGACACGGCCGAAGGCGCCGCGGUCAACCAGAAGCGCCCGCUGGGUGUCACCUCCGACGGCACCAUGUGGAUCUACCACCUGGUCCAGUACGCACAAGUCCUGCUUAACCAGCCAAAACACGUCCAGAGCAGCCAGCCCUUCAGCCCCGAGCAGAAACAGGCCUGGGACGGCAUGCUGGAGUCGGUCUCAAAGCUGAAGAAGAAGGCGAAGAAAGGCCCAAAUGCAGAGAGCACCGCGUUCCAGCAGCUCUUCCUGUUGGUCGGCAUGCACCUGUUCAAGGCCCCCGAGGAGCUGCUGGACAUCAUGAAGGACCUGCAGAGCUGUGUGGACAAAGCUCAGGAGAAGAAGGCCAAGAAGAAGAAGACGACGAAGAAGAAACAAGCCACAGAGGAGGAGGAGGAGCCUGAGUGGGUGGAGGUGAUGGUGGACAUCUUGUUGUCCCUGCUGUCCCAGCCGAGCCGACAUAUCAGACAGGUCUGCAGAACGGUCUUCUCCUCCAUCUGCCCGCACGUUACCGCGGCGGCCCUCACCGCCAUCUUAGACGUCCUGGACCCAGAGAAGGAUGACGAGGAGGACAGCGCCGUGGUCGUCACUGACGACAACAAAACCCAGAAGAAACCAGAUGAGGAAGAUGAUGAGGAUCACGAUGAAGAGAUGGAGGAGUCUGACGGAUCUGACGAUGACUCUGACGAGGAUGAAGAUAAUGAGGAUGAUGAUGACGAAGAUGAUGAAGCAAUGGAGGAGGAAGAGGUGGGAGAGGUGGACCAGAGUUUCCGUCUGGAGCUGAUGAAGGUCCUGCAGCAGCAGAACGCUCUGGCCACUGAGGAGGACGGCAGCGAUGAUGAAGACCUGGAUGAUGAAGCCAUGAUGGAGCUGGAUAAGGGCCUGGCAGCACUGUUCUCAGAGCAGAAGAAGAAGAGUCAGGCCAAGAAGGACGAAAAGGCCAAACUGCAGAAGGAGAAGACGCUGGUCCGGGACUUUAAGAUCAAGGUGUUGGACCUGGUCGAGGUGUUCGUGGCCCGGCAGGCGGGCAGUCCUCUGGUUCUGGGUCUGGUGGAGCCUCUGCUCACCAUCAUCGACAGAGGAAUGAGCUCCGACAGCCACCAGCAGGAGCAGGACUUCCUCCGCAGAGCUGCAGAUAUCUUCAGGAACCAGCUGUGCAGGUCGAAGGUUUACUGCAGGACCGUCGGUGACAGACAGGGGGAGCUCCAUGACCUGCUGGAGAAACUGAUGACUAAAACCCAGAAACUGUCCGACUCCGCAGUCUGCCUCUACUACUUCAGUGCAUCUCUGUACGUGGUGAAAGUGCUGCGAGGAGCUCCGCCUGCCGACGCCAAAGAGGAGCAGACAAAUGACUUGAGGUUCAUGGGCAACGUGGACGUGGAUCGGGUCUCGGCCGUCUUCAGAGAGGCUCUCAGCUCCUUCAUGAGCAAGAGGAAGAGUCCUCUGACCGCUCAGAUGUUCACAGACUUGUUCAACAGAUUCCCGGUUUUGUGUGUGAGCCUGUUGGAUGCAGCAGUGCAGCACAUCACAUCCGGGGUCAGAGUUCACCAACAGGGUCAAGCCUGUGUGCUGGUGUUGCGGGCGAUGCAGAGCAGGGAAGUCCAGCAGCUGCUGAGCGGCGAUCGGUGGGCGGAGCUCUGUGCGAAGGUCACGGGUCAGCUGGCAGCGAGUCUCCAGCAGGUGGGUGAGACUGAGAGCAAGGUGGUGAAGGAGAAGGUGGUGAAGACGCUGGAGCUCUGUCAGUUCCUGGUCAAACACGUCCACCAGCAGAAGGUGUCUGUGGACCUGGAGCCCCUUCAGAAGGUCCUGCAGUCCCUGACCGGCGUCAUCGCUUUCAAGAAGACCGGCAAGCUAGAGGACACCUACUGGGCCGUGGUGAAACACUUCGGAGUCAUAAAACCCAAAGUAGAAAAGAAGAAACCCGACAAGGACGCCGACCAACAGCAGGCGCCCAAAAAGAAGAAAGGAUUUCUGCCUGAAACAAAAAAGCGUAAAAAGCGCCUGCAGCCUGUUUUAGAGCCGGCGGGAGACAACUUGACCUCUGCGGACAAACCGGGAGCAGCCAAAGGACAAGCCAAAAAGAAACACGACAAGAAAGCUAAACAGAAACGACCGGCCGACGGCGCGACCGCCUCUCAGCCGAACCCGGCCAAGAAGAGCAAGACGCAGUCCGACAGCACGCCGGCCAAGAAGAAAAAGAAGAAACCCAAACAGAAGAAAGAGGGAGGAGGGAAAAUGUAAAGUGGACACUGCGGUUGAAUUGUUCAUUUCCUUUUUUUAAAAGAGGCUGUGUGGUCGUCUGUUCAGUUUUCUACUGUCCGUACUUCGGAUAAUAUGUUCCAGUGAGAUAUUAAUAUACGUGUUAAUAACCUGUGUGGGAAGUUAAUUCAUAUGGAUUAUUUUUCUAAUGUGUGACUGAUGUUGAUUAGAAAGAAAACAAUAAAUUCUCUUCCUGGAAAUCAAUCAAA